AUGGACACCACCGCUCCCAACGCCGGUGUGGAUGCGUUCAUAGAGGAUAUGCAAGGUUUGGAUUUCCUUUCUGCCUUCCAAUUUCGUUGCCUAGAGCUACAAUUGAUUGAUGGCCAUAAGCAAGAGUGCUCCACGCCGUCUCCUGCAAAGGCCAUCCUGAACCGAGCCGACACUACUACCACCACAGCCAACGGCGGCAGCGGCACCACCCCGGCUGCCCCCGUCGCCAUUGCCAUGCCUUCGCUUCCUCACCCGCCGCCACUGGACGCCGACGAGUUCCGCAGGCAAGGACGCCUAGUCGUGGACUUCAUCGCGGACUACUACGCGCGCAUCGACGAGUACCCCGUGCGCCCGGACGUCGCUCCGGGGUUCCUGGCCCGGCAGCUUCCCGAGGCAGCGCCAGCGUGGCCAGAGCCCGACGCGCUCGCCGCGGCGCUGCGCGACGUCCGCGACCUCGUCCUGCCGGGCGUCACGCACUGGCAGAGCCCCCGCCACUUCGCGCACUUCGCGGCCACGGCCAACAACGUGGGCGCCCUCGGCGAGGCCCUCGCUGCGGGGCUUAACGUGAACCCGUUCACGUGGGCCGCCUCGCCGGCCGCCACCGAGCUCGAGGUCGUCGUCAUCAUCGACUGGGCGUUGCACCUCCCGGAGAGCCUGCUGUUCUCCGGAGGCGGCGGGGGCACGCUGCUGGGGACGUCCUGCGAGACCAUGCUCUGCACCAUCGUCGCCGCCAGAGACCGAAAGCUCGCCGAGGUAGGCGAGGAGCGGAUGGGAGACCUCGUGGUCUACUGCUCCGACCAGACCCACUUCUCCUUCCAGAAGGCCGCGCGCAUCGCCGGCAUUCGCCGGGGAAACUGCCGCGAGGUACCGACGUCCAAGGAGAGCGGCUUCACUCUCUCGCCCAAGGCGCUGGCCGCGGCGGUGCGCGCUGACGAGGCGGCGGGCAAGGUCCUGCUAUUCCUGUGCGCGCUGACGAGGCGGCGGGCAAGGUCCUGCUGUUCCUGUGCACGCUGA